ACCUUCAGUUCCCUUCCAACCUCGAGCGGGAUACCCCACACACGUACCCCGCUACCCCCUCCUCCUCGACCGCCCCGCCCCUUCGACCACUAACCAUGAGAGCCCCAAGUGGUGUUAGAGGAGCAGUGUUAGUGGUGUUAGUGGCGUUAGGAGUCCGCGCUCAGAAGAUCUAUUUCCCGACGGAUAUUGAGAAGCUUCGAACCGAUAUUGCGAUCUUGAAGUGUCUUGAAGAUCCGAACUGUCUCCUCCCUUCUCACCUUGUGUCUGGUAACCGGUGCAAGGGCGGAGGAGAGACCAAGGAAAUGAUCGACAAAUUAAAGAACAGAAUCAACCUAACCACACGCUCGGGAGGAGGAGGAGGAGGAGGAGGGGUGUGCAGCGGUGUGGCCGGGGAGGUGGUGUGGCCAGCUACGGGGGAGUGCGUGGAGCUCCUCACCCAGGGGCCAUGUCCACCGGGGCAAUGGGUCCAGCUACUCAAGACUACGUAUGAACCAGUCUGUCGGUCCCAGCCCUGUGAAAUACCCCUGGAGCAAGGCGGCGGACCAGGCGUUCUUAUAGGCGAGGACUGUUUCCCUCCGUCCCAGCUCCCCCAGGUGACCACGUGCCCCACCAACCUGGUCAACAUCGCCAACGAACACGGGGAGCUGGAGUGCGACUGUCCCCCAGGGUUGAUCUACUACCCCGGGGAUGACACCUGUUAUGAACCUUACACGAGAGGCCCUUGUUCACAGGGUUGGAUCAUACGGGUUAAAGACGAGAAGAACGGGACAUCAGGUGAGGCAAGAUGUGUCCCUAACGAAUGUCCCGAGGAGGGGAUGGUGAGCCUCGAGGAAGCAACCUGCCGGCUAGCAUCACGAUCGGACAACUCCUCCGCCUCAAACUGCUACCAGAUCAACUCCACCGGCCCAUGCGAGGACGGAAACAUCAUAACAGUCGACGAGGUGCUUGCGGAGCCCAUCUGUCUUACCACGCACAGCAUCUUCAGCCCCGUGACAAUUUACUGCCCGCGCGGGACGUUCCGGGAUCGUGAUGGUCGAUGUCGGUCAACGUUCGACUCGAUAAUGUCCAAUAUCCCGGUGUUUAGGUCAAGUGCGGGGACUCCAACGCGUACGGGAGGUCUGUGUGGCCCGGGGGAGUUCUUUGCGGGGGGGACUUGCAUACAGAUCCUGGGGUGAGGGGUGUGCCACUGGGGAGGAGUUUGACAGUGAGGGAGAGGAGGGAACUAUAAAAAAAAUCCUCCAUGGUGCUGUUAAAGGGGUCUAGGCUCCCCUUAGGCUUUUCAAAGGGGAGGUUAGGUAAGGAGAAAAGGGAAGGAGAGAGAGAGAGAGAGAGAGAGAGAGAGAGAGAGAGAGAGAGAGAGAGAGAGAGAGAGAGAGAGAGAGAGAGAGAGAGAGAGAGAGAGAGAGAGAGAGAGAGAGAGAGAGAGAGAGAGAAAGUGUAGUCAUUUGCAUAUCUGUUAUCAAUGUUAUCUGUGUGUGUGUGUGUGUGUGUGUGUGUGUGUGUGUGUGUCACUAAUAGCAAAUAAUUAUAUGUUUAAUCACCCUCAUUUAUGACAAUUAUUAAAGAAAUUAUAUCCAUUAAAAUUAG